GUGGGUGAGUGAGUGAGUGAGUGAGAUCAGGGCCCGCCUUCCUGUGCCCCGUCCGGUGCGAGUGGCUGAGGCGACGCGAGGAUGUCCGGCCCAGCUCAGAAGACCGAGAGCCGCGCCAUUCCCACCCGGAGGGUGAUCGUCAGCGAUGCGGCUCAGCUGCCGCACGAUUUCAGUACCACCCCCGGGGGCACCCUCUUCAGCACCACCCCAGGAGGCACACGUAUUAUUUAUGACCGCAAGUUCCUCAUGGAAUGCCGCAACUCCCCUGUUGCCAGGACACCUCCGCGUGACCUCCCAAACAUCCCAGGUGUCACAAGUCCGAAUACCACAGAGGUGAAGCCAGCAGUGAACCAUGUAAACAACCACGAAGAGAAGGGGGCCGGUGGAGAUGAUGCCCAAUUUGAGAUGGACAUUUAAGGAACACCCUUUUGAUUUCCUCCGGGGUGAGGAGCUUUGGUCCUGGAACCUCUCCAUCUGGGCUUGUGCACUGGCCCGUUGUCUUCUCCAAGCCACCAGCUCUACAUAUUAACAAAAAAAAAUAUGCAAACAGUUCUUGCCACUGAUGGAACCCGUCCACUUCUGUGAAGCUGUAGACACUUACUUCAAAUGCUGUGAAAAGUGUAAGUGCCGCGUGUUUUACGCGGUAGAACAUCUACUGUUCUAAUUGGCAACAAGCUUUGUAAAGAGUGGGCAUCUCUCUGGUUCUUGAUCUGUUUAAUCUGGUUCCAAUUUUAUACACCUUUGGUAAUCAAGGUUAAAGGUUAACCUUUCAGAGAUGUAACUCGUGUUGAGAGGAGGGGAAAGAGCAGGAGAAGGAGAGCCAAUGAAAUAAAAUGAAAUUUAAGUAAA